UUUCGACGAGUCCCUGAACGACGAUGACAAAGACGGCAAGGACAGCGCCCCCGCAGUCCCUAAUAACAGCAACGAGAACAUGGAUGACAACAAAGUUCGCAUCGGAAUCAAGGUCUGGUUGGUUCAUUUUCUCAAUCAAUCAAAUGCUUAGCAAGUUCACUAAGCACCCUACUUGAAGUUCUCAAACAAACAUUUUUGCAGGUGGACCAGGAGAAAUUUAAGCUAAGUAUGCAUGCUUGAAUCAACCAGCCAUAGAAUCCUCCAUCAUGGACAUCCAAAACCACCAGCAAUGGCCUCUUCCGAUUCGACAAUCUACACCUGCACGGAGUGCCGAGCCAACCUGAACCUUACCGCUGCGAAUCUCUAUCCGCCGGACUUCUUCUUCGAGGCCGGAAACAAGGGAACGGUGUCGUUUGCGGCGGUCGACGCAACCAAGUUCCGGUUCGACAAGGAGGACAAGAUCAGACCGUUCUUCGAGACUAGAAACUACUGGGGGAUCCAAUGGACGAGGACGAAGAUCAAGUGCAAUGGUUGCGGACGGCUCGUCGGAUACGUGUACGGCGAUGGGCCGCUCAUGAUUGACAGUCCCGGUCAGUUUCACAUGGGACCCAGCCAGGUGGUCCCUCGAGCUGCCCGGUAUCGAUUCAAAACGAAAGCCCUUCGCGUUUCGUCUGGCACUUAG